GCAUUUCAUUUUAUCUUGCUUGUGUCUGUCGCACGCACUCUAUUGCGCAUCGAACCCCGUAAUCCGAGUUUUGUACUUUACAUUUUUCGCUGUUAACAAUGUUUGUUUACUAGUGGGAUAAAGCGGGGGCUAGAUGGGGUGAAUGGGGGACUUAAGGCUUCCCGUUUUUUCGGAGGCUCGCCCCCGCUUGUGUAUGGAGCUCCACUUCCACCAUGGCGCCCCCACCUCUUAUCGCUUGCCAACACCUGACAGAAACUGCUGCAAAGCAAAUCGGUAUCAAUUCAUGACUGCGGAGGAGCCUACCUCCUGACCUUAUCAAAUCUGCUUGAAACUGCCGCAACUGUGUUACUAAGGCGGUCUCGCGCCUUCGGAAGUCACUUAUUCCCCUGCGAACAUCCUGGCUAACACCGCAGCAAAAACUGUUAUACUGCGGCUGAAUUGCGUUUUCAACGGCCUUCUUGGAGCCUUCGUAAAUCCAGACACGUCUUACGACACUUUGCUGAAAAAGGAAUGAAGUCGGGAGACCCUCAGCAAUGGAUUUCUGCUGUUUCGUCUGCAAACAGUGAGAACUCUCGGCUAAAUUGUUUGAAGAAGAUCAAAUCCGAUGACCAACUGUGUCGAUUGCUGCCUGCUACAUUGGUUUGGGAGAACACCAAGGAUGUCGUGGAAGUUCGAGCACCCUCAAGCAUUAAGCAUGCAGUACUUCGGGUUUGGACGAAAAUGAUCGAAUGUCAGAAAUACUUGCCGUUAGACGACCGUUUGCGGAUGUACCACUCGGUUACACAGAUUUCUGCAGUCGAUGAUUUACCGGAUGCGAUUGAGGUGCUUAUUAUGAUUACUUCACAGGGUUCCGACAUCAACGAAAUUGCUUGUGACAUUACUAAGCUUCUCACACAUUGGUUCAUUGUGAUUUUCCACAAAAUCGAUGCUCUACGCAGCCACUCACACCUGAAUGGGAAGGCUAAGGCGUUCCUGCGGACUCUGACUCAGAGCUUCUACCAAUUGCUUCUGUUGUUCACAAACAUUGUGCGUCUCCGGUUCUACUUGCUUGAAGAGCUCGAUGUAUCGGCCAUGGUCGCCAACUGCGUUUGGAUGUGUAAAAAUACGACAAAAGAAAAUGACAUAGAAAUGGCGUUUUCGCUGAUUGGAUACAUUAUAUCAUAUGGCUAUAUUGCUACAUCGGUGUUACCCUCUGUUGUGGAGGUGCUGUGCCGAGCAAAGUCGGGUCUCAUAAAGAGUUCACAAACAGCUCACAGCCUGAUUGACAAGCUGUUCCGCAGCCGUAUGAAGUACCAUGCCUUCCGAUCGCUCAUGCAGCUUGUUGACAGUCCAACCGAAACAUCGACAAUUGCCAUCAUUGGUGCUAUCCGCAUCCUUGGCGCUUAUGUUGUGCGGCCUCCAGAGACCGUGUACUGCGAACGCAAUAUGAUUUUCGAGUUUUUCCUGAAGGCCAUGGAGAGUAAUUCGCUUCGUGUCGCACUGGAGGCUUCUCGUUCUUUGUUCGAUGCGCUUGGUGAUCGUCAUGUACUGAAAAAACUGAGUCCUGAGGAUUGGAAGUUGUUUGUCAGCGUAUUGCUGCGGUCUACUUCCUACCUUCCACAUUCACUAAACUACAAGAACAGGAGUAUCCAGGAAAAAGAGAAUGUUUUAGACAUGCUGGCGGCAUACAACAUGAAGCUUAUUUUUGUUAUUAAGGAAUGCUAUGAGCAGCGCCCCACGUAUCCCGUUCCCUACGACGAAUUUUACCAGUUAUUGAAGGUGUCUCUGCCCUACAUGGACAAGGAGCUCCACGGCUUGUUCUUCGAGAUCAUCAGCAAAUUUCGUAUUCUGUUUCCCUCGAAACCGGAUUGGCUCGACGAUCAAAAGCUGUUAAUGCAGCAAUACAUGAACUCGAAAUUAGAUGCAAAUGACAAGAUGGCUAUUAUUGACGUAUUUAAUGAGUCCUUGUUCCACGCGCCUGAGCAUCUUCGAGACGAACUUUUCCGAAUUACCCUCAUUCCACUGCUCCGCACAUUGAAAAAAGAAUCUCGUCAACACGUCCUCGACAAAAUCUUCCAAAGUGUGUGUGAUUCUUCUAUUUUAUUUUCCAGUGAUAUAUUUCAGACCGUAUCCAAAGAACUGACAAGCAUUGUUCGCGACCCACCAUCUGCCGCUCUUCAGUAUUGCUGCAUUCAGACUUUGAUGAGCAUGCUCUUUCUGUACGUGCUUCCGCCUACUUUCAAAGCAUCUCUUCUUGAGACUCUUGCAAAUGUUGUGAGCGAAGUGUCAAUCCCACUCAAGUUUCGUAUUUUGCCUCUUAUUACACUCCUUCAACUUCGAGUAUCAACCACAAACUAUCUUUUUGUGAACCCUGUCCCAGCGGAAUCACGUCUGUUGUUUGAAUUUGAUGCUCUUCCUAUUAUUUGGUAUGCACCGAACAAAACUAAGUUUUCACAUCAGCAAUUGUUACGGGAUUUGGAUUUCUCAAAACUCGAUGUGCUGCAGGAGUAUCCUCUUAAGGUGAAUACAACGGGCUCGCAGUCGGAUGAACUACUGACGUUCCCUGUGCAUAUCUGGAUGCAAAGCAUUAUACGGUUCCAAAAAACGGAAACAAAUUGGAAUGUGCUAAAAUAUGCAAUCAUGAAUUUUGCAAAUCAAUUGCGGAGUAUGUCCUUAUUUAAAAACGAUGCAGAGGGUUUACAACUGGUAUUUUCCUUUAUAUCAGAAGUUAUUCAGGGCGAAAAAGUGCUUUCUGCACAGGCGCCGUCUUCUAAAGAUGUCCAAUUAAUGAUGGUUACCGUUUCCGAGUUUUUGUCUGUUUUGAUGAUCUAUAAAGAUGUUUUGCGCGAGGAUGUGAAAGAACAAUUUUUCCUCCUCUUAAACUCUCUUAUUGGACAUAGUGAAAAGGCUGUGGAAUCGUGUAUUGAUGCACUUAUCAUUAAUAUUUAUGAAAUGCCUUCCCAUUCACUAAAAUAUCUGCCCAAAUUCUUUACACGUAUCAUUUCAGCAGAUAUUUCAGAGCGUACGUUAGUGAACUUUCUUCGCCUACUGCAUGUCGUCGGUAACAGUUCGUUACUGGGGCGUGGCUUACCGUUCGCUACAAUUAAAGAGAUCUGCUUGUUUUGUUUCUCCAUUGUUGCCAACCGUAAACAGAUUUUGCAUAAUGCAAAGGGUUUAAUGGACCCGGGUACUCGGGUUUUUUCCUUAUACAUUGUCUCAUUUUGCUACCAAAUUGUAACAAAUAUGUUUCUUUCAUGCCCUUUGCAAGAUCGUGCGGAGCUUUCUCAGUUUUUGCUAAACCAACUGCUUUCAGGCGAUGACUCUCGUUUUCUCGAACCAUACGAAGUCGUGUUUUAUGAGUUUCUACUAAGCUUCACGUACUCUAACGAGCUUGUGGCCGACACGUCUAAAUACGAGUACAUUGAUUUCGAUCCCUCUGCAAUGCUUUGGCUCUACCGAGGCUGCGUUAUCACGAUCCUUCAAACUGACGAAGAACUCUUUAAACUACAGGUGCGUCGAAUGUCGGGGGUUCAGACGUAUGCAAUUUCCAGGACUGUUCACUCUCCUCAGACAUCGUCUUCGCGUUAUGUUCACUUAAAACAUUCCCCGACAAAGCAUCUGUUGUUUACCAGUAAUCUUGACGAGACAACCCCAAGUCACAUUUUUGGUGAGCUCAUACACACACCGGAGACGGCUAAAACGGAAGAGCCCGUGCUGCUUGACAAUAGAGACGAAAGUACUCUUCAGUUACUGGACCGUUUGGAUGCUACUGUGGUGCGUCCUGUUGUCCAUGUUGCUGUCGCGUUUGCAAACACGGACGCAAAGCAUGCAAACGUCACUGUUGGCUGGCAAGUCUUUCAUCGGUUGCUGGAAAGCCUUGGCUCCAAAACUUUAAAUCCUAACGACCAGGGUGCGACGUAUUUUUGGAAGAGCAAGAUGUCCAAUAUUGUGUUUCAUCAAAUUGACAUCGAAAAGGAUGCUUUUCCUAGUGCGCUUUAUAGCGCCUUCCUCGUUUUUGGGACAGAUGACCUUGUCAAUAAACUGGCCCAAAAACUGAGUCGAUGUAAUGUACCUGUACUGCUUAAAGUUUCUCUAGACUCACAUUUGGACAACCUCGCGAUGUUUGAUACGCUAUUCCAUAUGCGUAUCCAACUCAUCACCACCGGUCUUGACUUGGCGCACCAAGGUUUUUGGAAAUUCAACCAAAUUGUCUCGGUACACUCGUUACCAGCAAUCUUACAUUCUUUCAUCAUGGACAUUGGUCUUUACCAGUCCGUUUCCGAAAACUUCUACUACGUGCACCCCUGGCUGGAGCGUCAAAAAUGUCUCGAGUCUCUCUACAAGUUGUAUAAUAAGCGGAUUGAUCGGAGCGUUUAUAUGAAGCAAUCUCAGAAGGAGACACUUGACUUUACUCUCUACCUCUAACUUGUACAUAUGCUUAUGA